AUGUCUGGUCGCGGCAAGGGCGGGAAGGGCCUGGGCAAGGGCGGCGCCAAGCGCCACCGCAAGGUGCUGCGCGACAACAUCCAGGGCAUCACCAAGCCCGCCAUCCGCCGCCUGGCCCGGCGCGGCGGCGUCAAGCGCAUCUCGGGGCUCAUCUACGAGGAGACCCGCGGCGUGCUCAAGGUCUUCCUGGAGAACGUCAUCCGCGACGCCGUCACCUACACGGAGCACGCCAAGCGCAAGACGGUCACGGCCAUGGACGUGGUCUACGCGCUCAAGCGCCAGGGGCGCACGCUCUACGGCUUCGGCGGCUGAGCGGCCCCCGCGGUCCCUGCCGCCCCAGACCCCCACCCAAAGGCCCUUCUCAGGGCCGCCCAAUUUCUCAAAGAAGGAGCUGUUCUGAUGUUGGUGGCGGCGUGCGCCCAAAGCUGGCAGUUAGGGGACCGGCAGUGGGGCGGGUUAAUGUGCUGCCAGGGACGCCCGCGCCGGUUUUACUUCCCGGUGUUCGGCUUCCCGCCUCCUAGCUCGUGCCUGGGGAAGCAGCGGGAGACGGGCGAAGCUCUUGGGCCUCUUCCGCGUCCUUGCUUUCUCGUGGUCUGGUCUCCCUUUCCGGCGCGGAGCGAGCCUGCGGCUGGAAGAUUGUACGUAAGCAAGUGUCAGCCCAUCACCCUCAGCUAGGGAGAAGGCCAUGUACUUGGUAGGGGUCGGGGUAGGGGUCGACAAGUAAUCGGACAGCGAAAGCGUAGGGCACCGAUGAGCCGUGACCGGCUAGGGACAAGCACUACCUUCAGCCAUCCCUGCUCCUGUUUGUCAAUCAGGAUUGAGUAGCUGAUGGUCAUUGAGGCGCAACGGACCGGUGAGGGAUCAGGGUUGUUAGGAAAAUGGCGCAGUGUUGUCUACAGUGCGAUCUACACCCUGACACCAUCCCAGGCUCUAGCCCCUGCCGCUAGGACUGGAAGCCAGGUGGCCCCUUGGUCCAGCCACCAGUGUCCGCUCCCCACUCAUCCUAAUCGGAUUCGCUGCUCCCGCUCCCCCCAUUCCCCCCCCCCCCCCCGGCAGUUGUGAAAGGACAAAAGGACCUGUUCCUGAACACGCGACGCUCCUCGAUCCCCUCUUACUCCUUUCUCCUUCCUCGCGCCUUCCCU